AUGGCUGCCGGCCGGGGCGAGGGCUGCCGGAAGCUGCCGGACUCAGGGGGCUGCAGGAUGCGCGGGGCGCUGGGGUCCCUGCCCGAGCUGCUGCUCCGGGGCUGGGGGGAGCCGCUGCCGCUGCUGCUGGCCGCCAGCGCCGCCUUCCUGUGCUACUACUGGGUGCGCGUCCCGCAGACCCCCAGAGCCUUCUGCGCAAGCAACACGGAGGACCUGCAGACCGUGGUCACCCACAUCAAGGCCCAGCACCCGCGGGCGCCGCUCCUGGCUGUGGGUGUCUCGCUAGGCGGGAUCCUGGUGCUGAAGUACCUGGCGCAGCGGGGACACGACACGGGGCUGGUGGCCGCCAUGACCUUGUCCGUCCCCUGGGACACCGAGGAAUCCAGCCGCUCGCUGGAGCAGCCACUCAACUUCCUGCUAUUCAACCAGCGCCUGACAGCCAACCUGCGCCACCUCGUCAGCCGGCACAGGAAGGUGAUUGCAGAGAAGGUGGAUGUGGAGCCUGUACUGCAGGCGCGCAGCAUCCGGGAGUUUGACGAGCGCUACACGGCCGUGGUGUUCGGCUACGGGACGUGUGCCGAGUACUACCAGGACGCCAGCCCCUCGCACUUGGUCCAUGCCGUGCGCCUGCCCGUGCUCUGCCUCAACGCGGCGGAUGACCCCUUCUCGCCGCUGCAGGCCAUCCCCCUGGCCACGGCACGGCGCCUCCCCACACUGGCGGUGCUGGUGACGGCUCGCGGCGGGCACAUCGGCUUCCUGGAGGGGCUCUUCCCCCGGCACGAGAGCUACAUGGACCGCGUCUUCGCCCAGUUCCUCACCGCCGCCUUCGAGCACAGCCAGGAGCUGAGCCGCAGCCUGGGAACCGAGUGUCCAGCCCCCCAAUAAACCUCCUGCCCGGCUA